AUGAGUAGCAUUAGUCCGGCAUGUCAAGCUUUGAAAGAUGAAUACGACGCGUGUUUUAAUUCAUGGUUUGCUGAACAUUAUUUGAAAGGAGAUACAUCAGCUGAUAUGUGCACAAAUCUGUUCAAGAAAUAUCAGGCUUGUAUCAAAGAGGCAAUCAAAGAACACAAAAUUACGUUGUGGGAACUAGAAAAUGAAUUGUCAAUCGAAGUUUCUCUAUUUUAUAUGUCUACUGAUAAUCGAAUUCGUGAUAAUAUGCAUCGACAAUCAUCUCGUACAGCAUACAAUCUGGAUGUAAUCGAUUGUAUUGCAAAUGAAAGUGAUUCCGAAUUUGACGAUGAUAAGCUUCAUCGACCAAUGGAUCAGAAAAGACCAUCAAGCAAUUCACGACGAAAUCCAACGUCGAAAUAUUCAAAUGGAACUUCUUCUGAUCGUUCAGCUCGUCCUUCUUCUCCACCAGUCACUCACAAACGCCCAUCAAGUCCGUCAUUAUCGGUAUUAACCGCAUCACAUUCUCAACAUAAGUAUCCUGUCUCAAGUCGACAUCAACAUGUUAAUCGGUCUCCAUCGCCAGAUCGUUAUAAUCGUCCUCGUCGACAUCCUCCUCCCGCCAAACGACAACAUUCUCGUUCACGCUCUCGUUCUCGUUCUUCACACGAACGACGUAAAUCAACGUCUAAUCGUCCUUAUAAUGCCGCAUCAAAGAAACGUUCAAAUGACAACGACGAACUCACCUCAACUCCCUCAAUGAAGAAAUCAACUUCAUCGUUCUCAUCAGCAAAUAAUAAACCAGACGUCAACGAUCUAAGCACCAUCUCCGACGAAGAUAUUCCACAUAAACUGCCAGGUCCACCGAUCGACAUCUCUUCAAUCAAUGCAGGACCAAUCGCAACAAAUCAGCCAACUCCGUCGGUUUCGGUUUCACCAGCAAUUUUUAACAAUAGUCUUGAAUUGAGCAAUAACGUACCAGAAUGUGAACUGUCUCUCUUUGCAAAAUCAAGUCUGUCUAUGGCAAAUACGAGUAGUGUUCAAACUACUGCGAAUAUUCCUAAUUAUGAUCUUCUACAAACUAUUGAUCUUAUGACUAAAUUCAAAACUAUGCAAUCAAUUCCUUCAAGUAACCAUCAAAUUGAAGCUUGUUCGAAGGCAAUUUUUGAAUUGAUACAGAAACAGAUUCAAUUGCAAAAGAAAGCAUUUGAAUGCCGUGAAAGAGAGAUAAAUAUCUACGAACGUGAACUUCUUCAACGCGAAAAGUGUCUGAAUGACAAAGCCAGUCCAGUAGACGUCCUUGUUCAAGCAACAGUGGCCGCUCCGGAACCUCAACAACAUGAACUAACAAUGACACGUGAACCAAAUAUUAACAUUAUUUUACCGCCUGAAUCCGUACCUCAACCGAUUCCUAGUGCAAACAAUCAACCGACGACUGUUAGUUCGGGAAAACCGUCCUCAGUUCGCCGAUCUCGCUUUACUAAUGCCAAACCCAUGAUAACCUCAAAGAAUUUACCAAGUGCUGAUCUUUACGCAAACGUUGGAGACGAAUCAGCAGUUUCACAGACAAACUCCACUAAUAAUGCAAAGAAUACAGUUCUUUCACCAAUUUUAGCACCUAAUGAGUCAACAAAAAUCACCAUUAUUCCCGAUUCGAAAGUCGCCUCGAAUUCAUGUCGAAAAGUUGAGAUUCAAACUGAUAAUAAUCAUCCAGUAGUAACGAGUAGCGAAUCUCCACAGGAUUUACGUUUCACCUUACGAAACAAUCGAACAAAACAAACAAGUGUUGAUGAAAGCAAAGAGUUGACCAACGAAUUGAUCAAUAUUAGUCAAGAACCGUCAACGACGUUCACUCCGAGAUUGGUCAAAACAAUAUCCAACACAGACAGCAAACAAGAAAGUCAUGAUGAUCAACAUCAACAACAAAGAAGUGUCACAUCGACCGACCAGGACAUCGGUGAAACUAUUCAGAAACGAGAUAAUCAUCAACGACGAACGAGCACUGAUCGACAACAGCAUAACCCGAGAGAACAUGCAUCAUCAUCGCGUAGCUCCAAAGAACGAUCAUAUUCGCAAAGAUCAACGAAAUACGAAUCAAAUCAAAAGCACCGUCCUGAUGGCGAUCUUCGUUCCCGUAUCGCUGAACAUAAAUAUAAAAACCCGUCACGUACGUUAACGAUUAUCAUUUUCCUCUAA